AUGGAUGCUGCGAUCGCUCACAUGGCCGGCAAGCGAGGCAUCCAGUUUCCCGCCCAAACUGUACAUGUUGCUGUCAUUCUCAAGCCGGGUGACGAUUCUAUCGCCAUCUCGCUGUACACCAACUACUCUCUGAACAGGCUAUUGCCAGACGAUCUGAUUGAGCAGGUUGCGGUGGCGCUGGAAGUCAAGGAGAAGCCGGUGUGGCAUCUCGAUUAUUCCAGAUGGCGGUGGAGGUUGCCGUUGUGCGUGUAA